GUCUGCGCCCAAACAACGCUUUGCUUGGAACUGACUCACUCAUGGGAAGAGUGAUGCAUUAUAUUUCCUACUCUGGGUUGGAAAGUGGUGGUAUAUCCCGGCAGCUGAGUUGGCUGGCAAAAGCCCAAGGAAACAGUGGCACGUUAGCUAUAUUAGUCGUAUCAUGAGACUGAAUUGGGCCGGCAAUUCCAUGGAAAUGACCGCUGCGAUUUUUGUGUGGAAAGGAAUUUUGAGUGUUGGGUGUAUUCAGAUGCCGGUGCAAAGCAAAUUAAGAGUCCGGGAACGGCCUGCGCACGCUGUCGACAAUAUGUCCUAUCCUGUAGUGUGUCUACUCGGCCUUCCAACGGGGUUGGUCCUUCCCAGCCUACUACUGCAGCAGACGCGAGAAACAGCCAUGAAGUUUUACAGACUCCCUUACAACCCAUUCCUCCAUCAUAUUUUCGACAACCAAUUCCCUCAGUUGCGCAGAGCCGGGCGAUAGUUCGACAGCCCUUUCAAGUACAACGCUUUGUUCCAGAAGCCGCAUUAACUAGCCAGUUCUCAGUGCCGCGGUAUCCUUCAUCGCCAGCCAUCUUUUUUUAUCCAACAGCUGUCCAAAGCAACCAAGGAUUGCAACGGCCUUCUGCCCCACGACC